AGCAACAUGGCGCCGACAUGGGGGUGGUGUGCUGUGGUGAUGGCUGUGCUCUGGCUGGUUUUCUGCAGUAGGGGCCAGGGUGACUCAGGGACAGAGGAGUAUCUGAAGCGGGAGCACAGCUUGACGAAGCCCUACCAGGGUUUGGGAGCUUCAAGUUCCGGUACUUUCUGGGAUAUUACUGGAAACACGAUGGUGACAGCUCACUUUGUACGGCUCACUCCUGAUCUACAGAGUAAACAGGGAGCCAUUUGGAACCGUGUCGCUUGCUUAAUGCGAGACUGGGAGGUGCAGGUACAUUUCAAAAUCCAUGGACAAGGGAAGAAGAAUCUGAAUGGCGAUGGGUUAGCAGUGUGGUACACCAAAGAUCGCAUGCAACCAGGUUCAGUAUUCGGAAGUAAGGAUCUCUUUACUGGACUCGGAAUAUUCCUGGAUACUUACCCAAAUGAAGAGAAACAGCACGAGCGAAUUUUCCCAUACAUUUCUGCAAUGGUGAACAACGGGAGCAUGUCCUACGAUCACUCACGAGAUGGUAGACCUACAACUAUUGGAGGAUGCACUGCCCUUGUGAGAAAUCUCAACCACGACACCUUUGUUGUGAUUCGUUACUUGAAGAGGAGGCUCACGGUAAUGAUUGAUAUUGAUGGCAAGAAUGAAUGGAAAGACUGCAUUGAUAUUACAGGUGUCAGACUGCCAAUGGGUUAUUACUUUGGUGCUUCUUCUGCCACUGGAGACUUGACAGAUAAUCACGACAUUAUAUCAAUAAAAGUCUAUCAGCUAACAGUGGAAAGGACACCAGAAGAGGAGGAAGAGGAUGUGCAAGUGUUUGUUCCCAGUGUGGACAACUUCAGCCCGCAAGGAGAUGAUCUGGAUUCUGAGCCAAUGAGUGGCGUGACGUUGUUCUUCAUCAGUUUCUUCUCGCUUGUGGGUCUCAUGGUGCUUGCUGUAAUUGGAAUCAUCGUCUUCCAGAAGUGGCAGGAGCAGAGCCGUAAACGCUUCUACUGAGGCCCAGGCAGUGAAGAGGUUGUGGGCCAAGUCUGGGGACAGGCACAGUACGGGUUUAUUUUCCUUCGUCAACGAUGCCUCAUUCCACUGGGAUCAGCACCAAGUUGUCUCUUCACUGUUACUCUGCAUACUGCUAUCAAGAAGAUCCACACCUACUUGACCCUGUGUUGUACUUGGGGGAGGUUAAUGAGAGUCCCCACUGUCCCAAAGCAAUUGACGGGUGAAUUCCAUGGUUUGGAAGAGAGAACAGUCGUAAUGGUGAGGACUUCCAUCCCAUUUAUUUGAAUGCACUGCAGAAAUAACCUGACUGGAAGACAAAAGUGAAGGAAGAGUUUUACAACGCCCUUCCCUCCCUGAACACGUCCAUUCUGCUGUGUGUUGUGAAUGUGAUGUUAGGACUACUGCACAUCCAGUACAGAUCCUCCCUAAAUAUUGUGGAGAAUCUUGUAGUAUUCCUCUAAUCGCCACAGCGGGCAUUGAAGAGUUUGAAAGUGCUUCGCAAGAAUAUUUUUUCAAGCUGACAAAACCACUUCCAGCUGCUAAGUAAGAACGUUUUUGAACAAAACAAAACCAAAAUGAGGAAGAAAGUCGUUUAGUGACUGUUCCCCUUUUUAUUCUAACCCAAAAGAACACUUGAACUAUGUGCAGUUGAUACUGCCAUGCCUCGUAGUGUGAGUUUGUUACUUUCACCUGUGUUUAUUUUCCAGGGUAGUGAGAAGAGGCACUUGAAAUGUUUCAUAAUUUUGUGUUAAAAUGAGUAUAGAUUUAAAAACAAAUGGUGUGGGAGUGGGGUAUGAGUGAGUGAUUCAAAUGUUUCCCUGUGAUAGGAGCAAGAAUAAAAUGCAUCUUAUUUCUGUUUUGAUAAUGUAUCAGAAUAAAUACCCAUAACCUGCUGGGAAUCUAAAGACAGGCGGAACUGCAGAUCAACUGCUUUUGUUUUGAGUGGUUGCUUCCCAUGAUAUUUACUUCACUUCCACAGUAAAGGGUGAGGGUGCAGUGCAGAUGUGCACUGCUGAUGGAGUGUAUUUAGGACAUGUCUCUAAGUAUGCUUGGUACAUUUGAGAUUCCAUCAUUAAUGCAACUUGCUGUCUAUUAGGAAGGUAGUGCUGUUUUAGUCUUUGCUACUCUUGGGAGUUGCAGGUUUGCUGGCCUCUGCUUCCUGAUGUGUUGACCUUGAGUUUCUAGUUUGGGGAUGGUGAAGUAGGAACAAGGGUUUGCUGGGGGUCAGUGACAUUUAAGUGGCUGCUCAUAUAAACUAGUGAGAGCAAGGAUAAGGGUGUAAACAGUAACAAACAACAUGCAGGAGUUAAACAAUAUUGAGAGCAUAGCAGUUGGCAUCUGUGGUGGUGUGCUGGGGAUGUUUCCUCAGGCCAGAGACUUCAUUAAAUCUGAGGGGCUCAGCUGGUGCCAUAACCAACUGCUAUUGUCCUUUUACUUCAGAUUUUUAUGCUUUUCCAACACCAGUGGUUGAGACUAUUACACUGCCCUCACCAUAUGAAUUAUUUCAUAUACCAUUACCUGUAUGUGACUAAUAGUAAUUUGGCAAUGGGGUGAAGCAUUUGUGUCAAUCUGUGUUGGCACGAUUCAUUGUCUGUGAAAUUCAUUGUGUGUCUCUGAGCUCCAGGGAGAAGAGGAGAAAUUGUGACUUUGGAGAUACUGCAAAAAUAGUGAGACUUUUUCCUAUUGGUUUAUGGUGUAUUCCAUCACUCCAUUACAGAUAGUGUUGCUGUAAUUUUAAAGGAGCUUGCCAAUAUAAUACGCAAAGUUCCAAUCCAUAUUAUCUUCUCCCUUCUGACCAAUCCUGUGUUGUAGCCUUGAGGCCUUUUACAAUUCAUACUUGCAUUUAUAUAGCACUUUUCACACAAUGAAGUACUUUGGAAUGUAGUGACAGUUGUGGUGUUUGAAAGCUCCCACAGCUAACAAUGUGAUCAUGAUCUAUUAAUCUAAUAUGCCACCUGAUAGAUGAGCCAGUUAAUCAUUGGAACAGCCAGAAAUUUUCCUGAACCUUGGCAUGGGUCUUGGCGUUUGGAUACUCUUUCCCUCCAGGAGCCUAUUGUAAUUUAGAACUGCAAAUCAAAGAUAAAAGGUCAUUUCUCCUGUUUCUACCCUAAAAGAAAAUUUCAGAAAAUGUGCAAACCUGAGAUGGGGGAAUUCUUGGUAAGAAUUGCAAUCAGGCUAUUGUUGUUGAAGUUAACUGCCUUUUGUGUUCCUGUCAUCUUGCCAAGUUCUGUGACUGGGAAUGGCCUGGAUGUGGUGAACCUCAGUCUUCUGAUCCCAUUUGCCAAAGCCACUGCAGGAAAACCACUCUUACAUUCAGCAGUAUCUGAGAGCACCUUAGUUGCCAAGUGCCCAGAUGGUGAGUACUGGCAGGGUAACUGCCACCUUGGUUUGAUCCUGGUCUCCCACAUCAUAGGCAGUGAGGGAAAUCUAUGGUUAAUUUACUUGAUUUAGUAAUCCAGAUCUUAACAAUGGCAACUGUAGAAUUUAGUUCCAGAUUAUUAAUUGAAUUUAACUAGUUAUGAGUAAUGAUACCUGGAAAAACUACAGGAUCAUUGUUAAAUACCCAUCUGGUCCAGUAAUGUCCAUAUGGGAAGGAAAGCUGCAGUCUUUGCCCUUUCUGGCCUACAUGUGAAUCCAGGCAUACCAAUGUCCUGACUCUAAAAUGACCUAGUAAGCCACUUGGUUGUAGAAUGGCUUAAGGGCAAUUAGGAAUGGGCAAUAAAUGCCUUGCAAUUGAUAACCAAAUCCUGAAUUUAAAAAAAAAAUGCAGCAUUGGCAAUAGGUGUAACAAUGUUCAGCCAAAACCUAUUACCACCUGUUGAUAAUGAAAUCCAGAAGUAAAUGUGGAGGAGGGAGGGCAAUGGUGGGCAGAGAUGAGCAGUGUCAGUAGGGAUUCAGCACACUAACAUUGAGUGGAAAAUUACAGGAGACUUUAGAACUACAUUGCUGGGUAUUUUAUUGUAAAGCUGUGAGGGUAAAAGGGGUGAAAUAGCACCAAGGAGUAAAGGAGAGCAAGGAUGUCACUGGCUAUGAGAUGAAGAACAAAGUUUUUCUUUGCUGUGCAAAUUUGAUCAGGAGUUUCAAGGAAGGAUGUCAGAACAGUCUAAUUCAAAAUAUGUGUAAGAGUUUUGUAUUUUGCAGUAAGACUACAGCACUCUCCGAAGCCCACAAGGAAGCUGCUCGAAUUGACUUCUCUGCAAUGAAAUGAAAAUGCUCUUGAGUACAGUUCAGAUUUUCAAAGAUGUAGAAUGUACAAAUUGAAAGACCUGUUAUUGCCUACCCCAGCUGUGCCUACAAAUGAAUUCAAUAUAGGAGGGGCCGUAUGUAAAUAUGAAAUUCCUUCCUGUUCAUUUUUAGUGGCAAUGCUAAGGUUAAAAGUUAACACUUAAUUCAAUAAAACACCAGGGAUUUGGGAAGAAUGGCAUUCCCAAACUGUUUAUAUGACUGAACUUCAUAAAAGUUUUAAAGGUUAUUUUGUUAAUGUAUCUUCUGAAAAGUGGGUGCAUCAUGUGAAAUGCUGUGAUGUUAGUCCUUGUUCACAAAAACAGCAUGCCUCAGUUAAAUGGUGCAUGUGCAAUUGGGAAAGACUUGCACAAAGCCCAUUUACUGCCUUUGUAAUUUACAGUCAAGAACUUGUUUAGAAUAGUCUUUUUUUAAAUACUCUGGUCAUGAGAAACCUAGAAAUAAAAACAGAAAAUGCUGGAAACACUUGGCAGUUCAGAGAGCAUCUAUGGAUAGAGAAAUGGUUAACAUUUUAGAUUGAGAAACCCAUAGAGGGGCUGCUGUAAUACUGAUUCUUCUUGCCCUAAUCAGGCAGCACUGUUUAAAACUACUGUUGAACCUAUGUUUAUGCUACUGUUUAAGUAUAAUUAAACAAUGUGUGGAAAUCAAUAUAAAGCCCAAGUUUGUUCUAUCUGUUUGAGUUGUUUUAAAUACUUUACCAUGUGCCUUCAACACUGAUCAAGGUAUGGGAUGUUGUUAGAGAAGACAAUGUAAAGGACCCAGGUCUGGUAUAGAAAAGGUUAUAUAAUUAGUAAGGCUAUUACCAGGCCAACUGCAGCUGAGGGAUAAGUCAUUUGAGGGACCUCCUCAUCAAUGUGCUCAUGAGCCUGGCUAAGAUAACUGUAUGUCUAGCAACAGUCCAAAGGGUCUAUCCAAGCCAACUGCCUGUACCUUGACCAAGGUUGCACCUUGUGCUAAGGUGUCCAUGGAGCGGGAGCACAAUCUAGCCACUGGCUCACUGGAAGCCUUCCAGGACUGGUGGAUACUAGAGAGUCUGGAGUGCAAACUGGACAAAGAGAAUAAUACUUUAA